AUGAAGACCUCCUCCUCGUGGGGGCUGCUGCGCUCGUGUGCAGCAAUAGCACCUGUGGUGAUACUCGCGGCCUUACUGGCGAAGACGCAUCAUGGAGCUCUGCCUGAGCCUGUUACGAAUUUAACGAACCCCGACACCGGACUCCCACAAAUAUCCGAAGCGCGCAUCCUCGACGUCGCAAAGACGCUCUCGGAGGACAUCGGCUACCGCAGCGUCGGCACGGAGGAGCAUGCGCAGGGCGACGCCUGGAUGGUUGACCAGGCGCGCGCAUUCAAGGAAGAGUGCGACGCGCUGGCCCAGUCGCAGGGCCGCGCCCUCGAAUGCGAGGUCUGGCACCAGACCGGCGACGGGAGCCACAGGUUCGAUAUCAUGGGCCAUCGCGUGUACAAGACGUACCGCGGGCUGUCGAAUGUCAUCGUCCGUGUGUCCAACGGCACGGCGGCGAGCAAGGAACAUGCCGUGCUGGUCAACUCUCAUCUGGAUAGUACGCUGCCUAGCCCGGGUGCGGCGGAUGAUGCGCUCGCGGUUGGUGUAAUGCUUGAGUGCAUGCGUGUGCUUCUGCAUACGCCGGGAUGGGAACCUGCACACGCUAUCAUUUUCUUGUUCAACAACGCAGAAGAAUCCUUGCAAGAUGGCUCGCAUUUGUACUCGACGCAGCAUGAAACCCGCGAUACCGUCCGCGCAGUCAUCAACCUCGAGGCUGCAGGAACGACCGGGCGCGAAAUUCUCUUUCAGGCUACCUCUGAGCAGAUGAUUGAGGCCUACUCGCACGUCCCAAGGCCGUUCGGUACGGUUUUCGCGAACGACAUCUUCAGCUCGGGCAUCAUUCUCUCUGACACGGACUUUGGCCAGUUCGAGAAGUACCUGGGUGUCACCGGUCUGGACGUGAGCUUGUCAUCGAAAUGGCGCGAUUCCAGAUGGCUGACCCGCGCGCUCCAGAUGGCUGUCAUCGGCAACAGCUACCUCUACCACAUGCGUAACGAUCUCAUCGCCUACAUCCAACCCGGCGUGGCACAGAACAUGGGCGAGAAUGCGUUGGCCCUGUUGCACUACCUUGCCUCACCCGACUCGCCUAUCACGACCCUCCCAGAACACCCGCCGCGUCCAACGACGGUGUAUUUCUCGCAUUUGGGACGCUUUUGGAUGUAUGGGCUCGGGUGCGUUGUUCUUUUUGACGGGCUUGCCGUGAGAGGCGCAGGACGCGCGGGAGGGGGCGAGAGAUGCGGGGGAGGAGGCGAGAGAUGUGGGGGGAAGCGAGACGAUGCGGGGGAGGUGGGCGCCGCGACGCGGGGGAGGCGGACGCGACGCGGGGGAGGCGGGCGCGACGCGGGGGAGGGCGCGAGAGGAUGA